AUGUACACAGCUGAAGAAACCUCUGGAUCACUGGAAACUGGCAAUAUGAACCUGAACACGCCUCAUGCAACCACUGGACCAUCCAGCUAUGAAGCUCCAGUCAUAGGUCACAACCAUCCUCUAUAUCACCACCCCAAUGACACUCCAGGUAGCUCUCUAAUCUCACUUCAACUUACUGGCUCUGAGAACUAUGCAGUGUGUAAUGCUGUGGUACUGUCCUGGAUAAGGAAUGCUGUCACACCGGGAUUGUUGAGUAGUAUUGUCUAUGCUGGUGAUGCACAUAAGGUAUGGAGUGAUCUAAAGGAGAGAUUUGACAAAAUUAAUGGAGCACAUGUGUUUCAACUGCACAAAGAAAUUCAUAGCUUGACUCAAGGAACUAUGACAGUCACUGAGUACUACACUCAACUUAGGGGACUGUGGAAUGAGUUUAAUUCCAUCAUGCCAUACCCAUGGUGCUCUUAUGCUGAAUCAAAAAGGUUCCAAGAGCAUUUUGAGUAUCAGAGACUACUUGAGUUUCUUAUGGGACUCAAUGAGUCAUACUCAGCUGCUAGAGGUCAAAUAUUAAUGCAGUCUCCAAUUCCAAACUUGAACAAAGCCUACUCUCUGAUAGUAGAUCAUGAGAGCCAAAGAAAUCUGACAAGCACAGGUCGUGAAAAUGUGGUGUUCAGAGUUGUAGAAAGUACUGCCUUAUUCUCUAAGAAAGGUGGAGGAGCCCCUAUUCAUAGUGACAGCUUUGGUCAGCAUCCAGGAGGUGAUGACAACUCAAAAAGAGGACACUAUGAUAACCAAUACAAACCAUCAAAGUUCCAGAACCAGAAGCUCCCACUGGUGUGUGAGGUUGAAGUUACAAGCUCACAGUCCAAUAUUGAUGCACCUACAACAUUCUUUACACAGGAUCAGUAUCAUCAGAUCCUACAACUGCUAGCGAAGGGAGGUGAAAAUAGAGGAGACCACUCAGCUAAGGCAGCUACUGCAGGUAGUUCUUUAUCUGCUUUAGAUCUCUUUAGUGGUCAGGUCAAGGGGAUUGGUAAAGAGGAUCAAGGACUCUACAUUCUGAAGGAAGGUGAUCUAAAGGCAGCAGUCAAGCAUGUAGUCCCUGUUGUCUCUACAAGGAGCAAUGCUACCUCAGUUUGUAGCUCAGCUUCAGCCACUCUUUGGCAUCUAAGACUAGGCCAUGUUCCUGUAGAUGUAAUAAAAAAAUCUUCUACUAUUGAAGUAUUAGACAAUGAACAUCCUGCUUGUACUGUUCUUACUCAUAAUGGGAAGAAGUACUUUGUGACUGUGGUAGAUGAUUAUUCCAGGUUUACAUGGGUCUUUCUUAUAGCUUCUAAGGCAGAUGCCAUUAUAGUAUUAAAAGAUUUUUUUACACAAGUCCACAACCUCUACUCCACCACUGUUAAAACUCUGAGGACUGAUAAUGGAAGUGAAUUCUUCAGUGCUGCUUUUCAGGCCAUGCUGUCCAUUCUGGGAAUUCGACAUCAGAGUACCUGUGUAUACACACCUCAACAAAAUGGUGUUGCUGAGAGAAAGCACAGAACUAUUUUGGAGAUGGCCAGGGCACUCAGGUUCCAAUCCUCUGUUCUUUUAAAAUUCUGGGGUGAAUGUCUCACCACUGCAGUAUAUCUCCUUAACAGAGUACCCUCCAAGUUGCUCCAGUAUAAGACUCCAUUUGAACUACUCCACUCCCAUCCCCCCUCCUUAGCCCACAUUCGAGUCUUUGGCUGUCUCUGCUAUGCCUCUUGCCCAUAUAUUCCUGACAAAUUUUCUCCAAGAGCUAUUCCAGCUGUUCUUAUGGGCUACUCCUCUUCAUAA